AUGAGCCCUUGGAAACCUACCUCAAAGUUCUCAUCAAUUAUUAAUGAUCUCCAUACGAUUGAAGUCAAAAUUGAUGAUGAAGAUAAGAUUUGUUACAACCUGCUGUCAUUGCUGCCCAAGGAAUAUGAUCCUGUAGUUACAUCCAUCGAGACUAUGGCUACAGAGAAGAGACUGACAUUUGAUUUUGUAAAAGCCAGAUUGCUGGACGCCGAGACAAAAAUCAUCACAAACAAGGACAAGACCGAUCAAGAGAAUGCAUUCAUCACAUGUUUUACCUGUGGCAAGCCGGGACACAAAAUCUAUGAGUAUAAAGAUAAGACUAAUGAAAGAGAACCACAUCGGGCAGGGGCCGUGGGAGAUCUGCCGGCCGAGGUCGCAGAGCUGCACGAGGACACCCCACACGAGGUCGAAGACAAAUCCUUUCUUGGCUUCUCCUGGGCAAACUCGCUACAUCAUAGACCUUAUCUAUGCCUUCAAGCUAAGAUGAAGGUCAAGAGUGAGCCUAUAGCGCAAUACACCCUGAGCCCGCCGGCCGCCGACAAAGCCUGGCGACACAACCCGGCGGCCUGUAUGAAAAGAAUCAUGUCGGCAACAUGCGCCCGCGCGUGUUGCCCGCCGAAUUGUUGGCGGCUUGAGUACGCCUGCGCUCAAUUGUCACAAACACCCAGAUCA